AUGAGAGUUCCUUUUGCUACUGUCUUGCUUCCUCUAUUCUUCUCUGUGUCUGCGAAAACCGUUCUCGAUGUCGAACCGAUAUACAUUGGCGAAGUCUUUGAUCCACCUGCGAUGUACUUUCUCGCCUGGACCUCUUCAACUCCAUCCACCUCCAAAGAAGUAGGCGAAUCUACGACAUCCCACACACCGGAAUGGUGUCGAAGCGCCAUCGACAUAUCGAACAGCGCCAACUUCUCCAUUACACAUCCCCAAUUCACAGGGGGAAACCUAACGAACUUGCGAUUCCACAACUAUUUCUCAGAAGAUGCUUAUAUCGAUCGGAACGGAGAGAAAUGGGGCGAAUGUUAUGUUACACCCGAGAGUAAAUAUAUUGGUGGAUGUGGGAAUAGCGACCGAUGGUUUGGAUGGGGAAAAUUGACGUGGAGUUGUUGGCCUGUGAUUGAGGAUGUUAAGCAUCAUCAUAUUAUGCGGUAUGAAGAUGAAGAUGAAGAGAUGGAUAUUGGGACAAUGAGUUUGAGUGUUGGGAGUGGUUAUACUGGAGCUAUGAAACGGUCUGGAAGGAUUCAAGAAACUGGGAAACCGAGGGGUAGUGAAGUGAAGGAAGCGUUUACGGCGGUUAUGACGGGGUCAAAUUAUUGA